UUUUCCACUGCAACUUUUGCAGGGACUCCACAGACAUGUUGGCAAUUAGCUGAAGUAAACCUGCUAUUUGGCUCAAGUUGAGCCAAAACCAAAUUCUAGACCGGGGCGGUUUAGUUGCAUAUAUCCACAUCAGAUAUUUUCUCCCGAGACCGGUAACUAAAACAUAACCCUGGAGGAACGUUUCGAAUCUUUUUCGGACUGAUGAACUGGGCACGUUAGUAAUGCAAGGGACCGGGGCUCAAGAUGGCAGAUUAUUACUGAGUUCUGAACUGAAAUCUCGCUUCAUUUUUUGCCAUGAAUAACAGAAGUCCUUGCACCGAUGGCCCCCGUAUACGAAGGUAUGGCCUCGCAAGUGCAAGUGUUUCCCGCCCGCAGUCUUCAGCAGAGCGCCUUCUUUAGUGUGAAGAAGCUGAAGGUGGAGCGGAGCUGCAAGUGGGACAUGACCGGCUACGGCGCGCACAGCAAAGCCUACAGCCAGAGCAGCAAGAGCGCCCAGCCCCCGCCCUCCUCCGCCGCGCCCUGCGGCCUCAACGCCUCCCUGCCCUACGAGCAGGCGCUCCUCUUCCCCCCCGUCUCCUCCGCCUCCUCCUCGUCCUCCUCCUCCUCCUCCGGCGUCCCCGUGGCGACCGUCCCCGCGGCGACCGCCUCGUCCGUCGCCGUGGUCGCGGGACAGCCGCUGGGCGCCGGGGCGGUGCACAACCUGACCCGGAGGAGCACCGUCAGCCUGCUGGACACGUACCAGCGAUGCGGGCUUAAGCGCAAGAGCGAGGAGCUGGAGACCACCGGUAGCGUGCAGAUCGUCCACGAGCAGCCAGCCAUGAUCCAGAGCGGCAGCUCCGCCGUCCCCGGAGGGGGAGGAGGGGGGGCGGCCGGCGGGGGGACCACGGCAACCAACAACAACAACAACAACUCCUCCACCGCCGCCGCCGCGGCCGCCCCGUCCAAGAACGGCGGUUCGGGCGGCGAGGGGGACUACCAGCUGGUGCAGCACGAGGUGCUCUGCUCCAUGACCAACACCUACGAGGUGCUGGAGUUCCUGGGCCGCGGCACCUUCGGGCAGGUGGUGAAGUGCUGGAAGCGCGGCACCAACGAGAUCGUGGCCAUCAAGAUCCUGAAGAACCACCCGUCGUACGCGCGGCAGGGCCAGAUCGAGGUGAGCAUCCUGGCGCGGCUCAGCACGGAGUGCGCCGACGACUACAACUUCGUGCGCGCCUACGAGUGCUUCCAGCACAAGAGCCACACGUGCCUGGUGUUCGAGAUGCUGGAGCAGAACCUCUACGACUUCCUCAAGCACAACAAGUUCAGCCCGCUGCCGCUGCGCUACAUCCGGCCCGUGCUGCAGCAGGUGGCCGCCGCCCUGAUGAAGCUCAAGAGCCUGGGCCUCAUCCACGCCGACCUCAAGCCCGAGAACAUCAUGCUGGUGGACCCCGCCCGCCAGCCCUACCGGGUCAAGGUCAUUGACUUCGGCUCGGCCAGCCACGUGUCCAAGGCCGUGUGCUCCACCUACCUGCAGUCCCGCUACUACAGAGCUCCGGAGAUCAUCCUGGGCCUGCCGUUCUCCGAGGCCAUAGACAUGUGGUCGCUGGGCUGCGUCAUCGCCGAGCUCUUCCUGGGCUGGCCCCUGUACCCGGGGGCGUCCGAGUACGACCAGAUACGGUACGUCUGA